AUAUUUUUAUGCGGAUGUCAUAAUGGAUAGCUCUUCAUUCAUCUUGUAGAAGAAUAUUGAUGCUUUUAAUAAAUUGGCCCCUGCUAGAAAUUUAAAUAAAUAAAAAAAUCGUAGUUUUUGAUAGUGGGGGUAGGAAGGUGGGUAAAGAGUGAUGGUUCUUUGGAGACAGAAAAAUCGACAUUAUGAGUAUAAAUAUCCAAGGGUGCUCUUUAUGCCUCUGACGUCUCACCUCAAAAAUAAAAUAGAUAUGUUGAAAUUUACAAUUAAUUCGGUCUGGUCCAAUCUUCUCGCAAACCUUUCUAUUCCACCUAAUAUUAAGUUCAAGGCUUUUAAGGCAGUGUGUCACUUGAUGUGCUAUACUUCCCAGCUUUGGGGGUACGAGCAAUUCGAUCGGUUUUUUAUUCAUAAACUGUUUUAUUUAACUAUUUUAACUAUUCUCUUGCAAUCCUAGAAUCCCUAAAAUAUGCCCAAUCAAUUAAUCCUCAUAUUCUGAUUAUCUUUUCCGACAGUCAGAGUAUCCUAUACGCCAUUUCCAAUAUCCACAAUUCUAACCACCCUUUAAUAUCUCAUAUAUUUAACACCAUCAUUCAACUAACCAAUAGAGGCAUCGUAGUGCACAUAAUUUGAACUAAAGGCCACAGCAACAACAAAUUUAAUGAUGAAGCGGACAGGCUGGCCAAGGCUGCGGCCUUCGCUAGCAUUCCCUGCUCUCUUAUUUCCCCUAGAGAUCUUAGAGCCCACAUAAACAGUUACUGCAAGCUCCGUUGGCAAAAUGAAUACUCCGCCAGCAUAAAAGGAAAAUUUUAUAAAUUCAUCCAACUGAUCAUUCCAACUUUCCCUUGGUUCCGAUUUUACAAUUGUCCUCGCCAUUCCCUCAACUCUAUAAUUCGGCUUCUCCUAAACCACAAUUGUCUUCCCUCCCACCUCUAUAAAAUAAAUAUCCUAGACUCACCUUACUGCUCCUGCGACCCCUCAUGCAUAGCUGAUUCCAACCAUAUUCUACUAGCCUGUCCCAAUACCUCCAUCAACUGAGAUUCCCUCCACAACACUCUAAUUUCUAACAAUAUCCCUCUUCCUACCUCAAUAUCCGUUAUACUCUCUUUUACCCGCAAUCCCAAAAUAAUCCUCUCUAAGCUUCUAUCCCAAAAUAAUAUAUUUGAAGUUUAGAAAUUUGGCCAAUAUGCUAGACCAUAAGACAAAAAAAAAACUAUUCUCUUGAAUUUUACACACAACUACAUGCCCUACUUAGAAGCAACAACUGACUUUUUUUUUUUUUUUUUUCAUUUUCACUAGCCCAACAAUUACAUUUGUUUUACUUAGUGCUUCUGAGAUUGAAGAUAUUUAUAAUGGAAUGCGCUAGAACAAUUGCUCCACAGGAGCCCAUUUGCAUUUGGAGCUUUUCUAACAGCUUAAACACUUAUACUACUAUUUCCAUUAUAAAUUUAAAUAUCACAUAAAAUAUCACAUAUCACAGACAUUUUCACAUAUCUGCUCUUAGAUGGAAGGCCACCCCGCUGCCUUGGUUGAAGUGGACUGCUGUCUGCACCUGCUGGGGAAGCUUUGUGUGAAACGUCCUAAACCUCGUCCUGAUGUGUUCCUUGAUGCUGUCCAGUUGAAACUGGCAGUGAAGCUGGGCAUUCUGGACAAACCACUCUGCAUCCAUAGCGAUCCGUAGUACUUUGGAUUUGGAUAUUUUUUUAAGUUUUGAAGUAGAAGCCACUCUCCAGACCCCGCAACGUAGAACACCAAAGGUCUUAUUAAGGACUAGAUAGACUAAGUAGAGUAGGAGUCCUAAUUUUGGCUUUAGUUUGGACUUAUUGGUUCAUCAUGCAGUAGAGCAUGCCCAUAUCGAGCAUACCCCUCCGACAGCUUCUUGUUGAUGUGAGAAUUCCAUGUAUUUUCACCACACACACCAUAUUACUUGAUGGCGCUGUCAGGCGGAUCCCAUGGAGCACUUGUUCCUUCUAUGGAGAGUAUGGCGGGCAUUUUGGGUCUUCUUAGCAUGAAAACUUUUGCCUCACAUUUGGGGGAUUGACGACCAGCUUCCACACUGUGCAGAAAGAAGUGAUUGUUUCUAACGCUGCUUGAACACAGUUCUUCUCUCGAUAUCUCAAUUUGUUGCAUAUACUACUGAGUCAUCCACGAAUGUUGCAACAUUGAUUUUUUUCUGGAUUUACCUUUUAUUCUUAUAAAGUUAAAAGUCUAUCUUUCUUAUUCAGUCAGGGCACUCUCAUUGCCUGAUUAAAGACUUCCAUUUUUUUGCAGUUUUCCAGUCUUUCAGUUUUGGUUAUCUUUUUGAGAGCUUUUUGAUAGUGUAUCGUUGCACGAAAUUAAUUCCCAUGAUUAGAUAAUGUUUUAGAAUUAUUGCAUUUGAUUAAAUUAGUAUUUUUGAAAAUGUACCUAACAUCUAUGUGUGAAUUUCUCCUGGCUACCACCUCAAACAAAUGAUUUUGCGAUUAAUGCUCUUAUUGUUUUUUGUUUUGUGUUAUACUAGCUUAUAGAAAUGCAUUUUCUUUUAUUUACUUUUUUCUUUUAUUAAAUUAUUUUUCAUUCAACCAAUCGUUAAAAAAAAUCUUAUCAAACUUGCAAAAAUGUAUUACUUGGAAUAGCGUGGUCUGCAAUUUGUUGAACAUUUUCAGCAGCUUGAUCAUGAUAUUCGAUAGAUAAAUGGUAUUUAUUUACUUAGUGGGUCUGUCUAGUUCCUCACCGAAGAUGAGCCUAAACGUAUUUGAGUUACAUCAAAAACCCAUGAGUGUAGACAGACCCAAUAAGUAACCCAAUGCCGAUUCAACAUAUACUGGAAAGUGUAAAUGUCAAUAUAACUAACUAUAUGUACUAUUGAAAAUUGUUUAUUCACACAUUUUCUCAACAUUCUGUCACUGCUCAAUUCACUAUGGAUUUUAUUUUAUUUAUUUAAUGUAAUGGAUCUCUUUUGGACCUGCUAUUUUAAUGCAAUCCAGGCUUCUGAGUAGGCUACUCACACCUUUUUCCCAUUCUAAUCUGUCUAUUGCCACUCUUUUACAAGUAACACCUCCACACAUUUUUUGGCCCACUUUCGCUUUAAAUCCAAAAUUUCAAUUCAAGAUGUUCCUCGUCCGUCUUCAUCUUUAUCAUUCUUACGUCAUAUAGUUGUCAUUUAACAAAUUGUAAUUUGCUCGAAUUUCCUCAAGAAUUAAAAGAAUAUCAUCUACAGGUAAAUGGUGGGGUGAUCAACAGGUGAGACCAAUGUUGGCACUUCAUGGCUUUUUGGACAACUGUGGGACAUUUGACCGUCUCUUCCCUUUAUUGAAUGCCAAGAGCAUCGUUGCGAUCGACAUACCAGGACAUGGUUUCUCAUCCCAUAUCCCCGAUGGAAUUUUCUAUAAUUAUUUAGACAUUCUCUUCUGGCUGAGGUCGCUGAUUAAGGGCCAUUUCAACUGGGAUAGAGUCGAUUUGCUUGGACAUUCGUUCGGCAGCAGCUUGGCGUACUUUUACUCAUCGUUGUAUCCAAACGAUGUUGGCAAAUUUGUAAGCAUUGACUGCGCCAGGUAUGCUAUAGCACCUACGCCUGAGAAUUUCAGAAUGAAACUGAAGGCUUCUUUCGACGGUAAUCCCGAUGCGAAGAAUAAACAAAACGUUCAACUAGAUUUUAAAGAACAUUAUGACGAUUUUGUGAAUUUUCGAUUGAUUAAAAAUUGCCCUCUGACUGACGAUGCGUACGAAGCAUUGAUAAAAAGGGAAGUGAAAGAAGUAGCGCCUAAUAAAUUCAUCCGAACAUCAGAUCUGAGAUUGCUUGCAUGUUACAAAGGCACGUUUGCACUCGAGUUCAUCGAAGCAGCAGCAAAACAGAUAAAAUGCUCUGUUCUAUCUAUUAGGGCUUCAAGAGGAAUUUUAGCCAACAAUUUUAUUAAUUACGAAAAACAUUUGGAUCUUAUGAAAUCUUCUUGUCAGAAACUGGUCCGUCUUGAUGUUGAGGGAAGCCACCAUGUCCACCUUGAAACUCCCGUGCUUAUUGCAGACCAAAUAAAUGAGUUUUUGCUAGAAAAAUAAUUAAAUUCACUUAGCAGGAAAAUUGUUAUAUAAUGUAAAGAAAUUUUGUUUUAAUUGUGGUUGGUUUAAAUGUUUUCAAAUAAUGUGCAGUUCUUAUUAUUUAUGAAAGCAAACAAUUUGGAAUUUUGUUCAAUAAGGUCAGCAGUAAUUUUGUUUAUUGGUUAGGGUAUUCUUGCAUUUGCUGUACUAGUUAAGGGUUCAAAUCCUGACACAGCCCAUGGAAUUAUAUUUGAGAAUUAUUCGCUUAAAGUAUUGUCAAGUGGUUUGACCGUUCAUCCACAAUGCCCAAUUGGGAGUUAAUUCGGUACUUGGACGGUUAUUAAUGAAAUUUGAGUUUUAGUUGAUUUUAAUGGUCAAGUGAUAAAUUAUUAAAGUAAUUGUGCUAAGUUCAACUUAAGAGGGCAUAAGCUGUUUCAAAUAACUUAAAUUAAAAUAUAAACAACAAUUACUAUUGGUAAUUUUCUGCUUUAUUAUUUUGUAUUUAUUUUUUAAGUUGGUUGAGUGUUUUUUUCAUUCCAUUCUCACAAUAGUGGACGGAAUAUUUUUAAUUUAGCAAUUACUUUGAAAGAAUUGAUUAGGAAUGGGCUAUUAAAAAACAUAAUAAAAAAAUCACAAGUUGUAGAGGAAGAUAAGAAUGAAGAAAUAAGUGAAAAAAGUGAACUGAAAACUGGAUUUAAAUUGCAAUUUCAAGCAGUAUGAAAGAAUUUUUCCAUACCUGGAUUGAUUUUACUUGUCAAGAAAUAUUUAUUUGUAUUGCUCUUAUAUAUUGGAAAUGUAUUGUGUACAAAGUAAGAGAUAAUGUUUUUUACUGUUAUUAAGUAAAAUGUAACAUUUAUUUAUUAUUUUGAAACAUUUUGUGUAUGUAGAAAAAUUAUUUUUUAACCUCAUACAAUUAAU